ACGGCAUGGUUUAAGUGUAAAUUUGCAUACAUUUUGCCUAAGGCUCCGGGACUCCGGGAUCUCGUUGGACAGGGUGGCACGACAUCGUCAGCGAUAAGGCUAGACCACAAAUUUUAGGGCUCUCAUAAAUCUACCUUUAUCACCGAGAAUCGGAUUUUGUAUGCUUGAGAGCGCGAUUGGCUGAAGCUUAAAACUUGUAUCCAAGCUUUUCACAUUUGUGUAUGUCUCGGUAACAUUUUGGAGGAGACGAUAUUCUCAGGUGUCACAGAACGGCGAGAAAUUGUCUUGUGUGUCAUGGACAACUGAACAACAUGAAAAUGACGGUAUCUUCUGGAUUUGUCACGGGUGUUUUCCUGCUGCAUGUGUUCUGUGCACAAGCCAAUGGGAUGGGCGGAUCAACAGGAAACCAAGGGUGGGAAAUCUGCGAGUCGGAAAGAAUGAAGGAAUGUCAACAGCAAAACAAGAUGCAUUGUCACUCCUGCGAAGACACUACUUCUAGUCCUACACCCGUGCCACCCUGCUCAACAAACCCAUGCAAAAACAACGGUACCGUUGGAUACUGGUCUCCUGGUCAAUCAGGGAAGGGGUGUUUCUGGUGUGACUGUCCGAACGGUUAUAACGGAGACUACUGUGCAUGCCCCGGCCUGUCCGACUAUGUGCCAUUCAACGGAAAUUCUUACCUCUUUAGCAACGCUUCAACAGACUACGCGGGUGCAGAAGGUCUUUGUCUCAAACAUGAUGGUCGCCUCAUCAGGGUCAUGAACAUUGAGACUCACGAGUUCCUUCUGAACCACAUCCUGACGUGCAUCAACCAGUCAGUCAGUUUCUGGAUAGGUUUAGAGGACCGCUUGAAUGAGGCAGUGUUCGUGUACUCGGAUGGUAGUACCCUGGGAUCAUUCAACCGCUUCUAUGGGGGCGUAGAUGUAGCCAACGAGGAUGACAGCGACUGUGUUCUGAUGGCAACGGGCUUGAUCCCACGUUGGGACUGCCAGCCCGACUUCCACGACAGAAUCAACAUCAACACUGUCACCAUCGACCAAAGCUACAACAUCAACACUUUCACCAACCACCAAAGCUACAACAUCAACACUUUCACCAACCACCAAAGCUACAACAUCAACACUUUCACCAACCACCAAAGCUACAACAUCAACACUUUCACCAACCACCAAAGCUACAACAUCAACACUUUCACCAACCACCAAAGCUACAACAUCAACACUUUCACCAACCACCAAACUACAAAAUCACACUCACCAUCACCAGUAAAACCAACAGCAACCUUGUCAUCAUCGACAACAGUUACAACAGCACAGUCACCAGCAACAACACAGGAAAUAACAACACAGUCAUCUGUAGUUGGGUCAGCGAAACAUUGUCCGAGCCAAGUAAGGAGGAACAUCAACUGGCCUCAAACAGUCCAAGGAAGUGAGUCCAUGCAGCGUUGUCCCAACGACGCGAUUGCUCGAUGGAGAUGCAAUGAAAUGGGUACCUGGGAAGGCACACCUGACGUGAGGAACUGUGUAUCAUCCUGGCUCCCGAAUAUUACUGAAGCAACAGGCCCUGCAGAAGACAUUCUUUCCAACUUAACAGAUCAUCUAGAACGCGAAGAUAACAUAUACGGUGGAGAUAUCAGCAAAACUGUUUCAAUACUUGGUUCGUUGGUGGAGAUACAGGAGCAACAACUCAAGAACAUUUCACAGGAGAUGAAAGAUGCUGUAGUGACCAACUUUACAACUACGAUGAUAAGAUCUGUAAAUGCUCUUCUGCGAGGAAGUAAUGUUACGGAAGCUGCUUGGUCCGACAUACACAUGCAUCAUAGGUCUGAUGUGGCGUCAGGUAUCAUGGAUAGUACAGAGAAGACCGGUAUUCUUUUCGCCAGAACGGUGGACAAUAAAACCCUCUCAAUCGUCAUGGACAACAUUGUGAUGGACGUUGGUACUACAUCUGGCGGAAGGUCUACUUUCCCGGAGCUAACAAACGCGUCGUCCGACUGGGCCGAUGUAACAGACGGCAUCACCCUCCCCAGAUCACAACACCCCGUCGUGGCUGUGCUCUACAACACCCUGGGGCGGUAUCUUCAAGCCAAUCCGACGAAGAGGACUGUCAACUCUCGGGUCAUCUCGGCAACACUGGUGAACCGAAACUCUUCAAAUGACGUCAAGGUCGCCGGCAAUGUUACCAUCUAUCUUGAACAUACGAAAAAGACUAGUAACAAGUCAUCGUGUGCUUUCUGGAACUUCAAUCUUAGGGAUUGGUCAGAUGAGGGGUGUACAGCGAACAUACCAGACAAGACCCACACAGUCUGCGUGUGUAACCACCUCACCAGCUUUGCUAUUCUGGUGGAUGUUACAGGACAAAAGCAUCCAUUUGCACUGAGUGUCAUCACCUACAUCGGUUGCGGCAUCUCCAUUGUGUGUCUGGUCUUCUGCAUUUGCGCCUUUCUCGGAUUUAGACGGGUUCGCUGCCCCAGAACCAUCAUACAUGCGAAUCUGUGCAUCUGCCUGUUGGUGGCUGAGGUGGUCUUCCUCGCUGCAGUCGACAAAACUGAAAACAAGAUCGGUUGCGACGUGAUCGCGAUCAUCCUCCACUACCUGUUCCUGGCCGUCUUCACCUGGAUGUGUGUGGAAGGAGUGGAGCUGUACGUCUUACUGGUCAAGGUCUUCAACUUGAAAAUGAACAGAUUGCUCUACUACCACCUGGUCGGCUAUGGUACUAUUUAACUUUUGUGUUGAUA